CUGCACAAAAAUGGCAGGACAAGUCCCAAGAGUCCAGUAAUCUCUACCUGAAAGAAAGAAAAUCAAGUAAUGGACUAACCACAAGAGCAACUCUUCACUGUCGGAAGACAGGAGCUUCGCCUGAAAAGACACAUAAGCUAAAGGGGAAGGCCUAGAAAAGCACAUGUAAAUGAGAACCAGAAGUGAGUUUGGAGACUUAUAUCUGAUGGACCAGACUUCACAUUUUGCACAUGCUUUAUUACAAGAGCGGGAAAAGAUCCAUGGUCCAUCUGCCCUAAGGACUUGAGCUGCAUCUGUCUCAAAGGGAGCUGCUUGCCUCUAGUCUCAUGCUGCUGUGCGUGCUGCUUCUGGUCUUUGCUCCUGUCGGAGUCCAGUCCGACUGGUUGAGCAUCAGCGUACCACACCGUGCAUAUGAAGGAGACCAAGUAGUUAUAAGCUGUACAGGGAAAAAUAAUGGUGACAUAAAGAGACUGAUGUACUUCAAGGAUGGAUAUCGCAUAGAAACUUACCGCAGUGCUUCAAGCUACAUCAUUGGGAAUGCAAGACCCGGUGACAGUGGCUCCUAUUCCUGUAAGGCAGAUAGGAAAUUUUUCCUAUUUAUAGACACGACAGAAGAAACAGGAUCUAAGAGGCUUUAUGUCCAAGAACUGUUUCCAGCACCUGGGCUGACAGCCAGCUCCCUGCAGCCAAUAGAGGGGAGUUCAGUGACCCUAUCCUGCAACACCUGGCUCCCUUCAGAUAGGGCAUCGACCCAGUUACGCUAUUCCUUCUUCAAAAAUGGCCACACUUUGCAAUCGGGCUGGACCUCAUCAAAAUUUACAAUCUCAGCAAUAUCGAAGGAAGACUCAGGAAAUUACUGGUGUGAAGCAAUGACUGCCUCUCGAAGUGUCUCAAAGCAGAGUCACCGGUCCUAUAUAGAUGUGGAGAGGAUCCCUGUAUCUCAAGUCACCAUGGAGAUCCAGCCUUCAAGGGGCUGGGGAGUUGAAGGGGAGCCACUGGUCGUUGAAGGGGAGCCACUGGUCCUUGCUUGUUCUGUGGCUAAAGGCACAGGGCUAAUCACGUUCUCCUGGCACAGGCAGGACACAAAGGAAAGUGUGGGGAAGAAAAGUCAGCGUUCCCAGAGAGGGGAGCUGGAGAUCCCCAUUAUCGGGGAAAGCCAUGCUGGGGCAUACUACUGCACAGCAGACAACAACUAUGGCCUUAUCCAGAGCGCAGUAGUGAACAUCACCGUGAAAGUUCCAGUGUUGCACCCUCUCCUCUCCAUCAGUGUUCCUGGGGUCCUGCCUUUCAUCGGGGAUGUGGCGGAACUUCACUGUGAAGACAAGAGAGCCUCUCCUCCCGUUCUGUACUGGUUUUAUCAUGAAAAUCUCACUCUAGCGAACACCUCCGCACCUUUUGGAGGAAAAGCAUCCUUUAAGCUCUCUCUGACUGCAGGGCAUUCUGGGAACUACUCCUGUGAAGCAGACAAUGGCUGGGGGACCAAACGCAGUGAGGUGGUAAUGCUCAGUGUCACAGAGCCCCCACCCAAAGUGCGUUUGGUGAAUGGUCCCCACCACUGUGAAGGACGAGUAGAGGUGGAACAGGAAGGUCGCUGGGGUACUGUAUGUGAUGAUGGCUGGGACAUGAAGGACGUGGCUGUGGUGUGCCGAGAGCUGGGCUGUGGAGCAGCCCAGCACACACCUGUAGCCAUGCUGUAUCCACCAGCAGUUGAUGAAGCUCUGCCUGUGCUCAUUCAGGUAGCACUGUGCAAUGGCACAGAAAAGGCCCUGGCUGAAUGUGACCAGAUUGAGGCCUUUGACUGUGGACAUGACGAGGAUGCUGGAGCUGUGUGUGGAGUCUUACCCGGCACUUUCUGAGGAUCUAGAGACCAGAGACCAUCAGAACUCCUACUUUCUGCACGGGGCCUCGCGGGCCUAAGAGUCUGUAGCUCCCAGUGCACUUCCAGACUUUCGCUGUGGCUUAUCCUUCAACAGGACUCGAAACAAUUCUGCUCUGAGAUAAUGUUCUAACAGCUCCGAAGAAAACCCAAGUCCCUUGUCCCCAGAGGCCAAGCUUGGAAAAAUCAUUUCCUUGUCCAGGUUCCCUGCCUUUCUAGCUCCUUCUAGCUACCUCCUUGGGCGGAUGCAGAGGUGGUGCAAGUGAGGAUCACAUGCGCCUGGGCUUCCAUCUGGUAGCAUGUGGUCUAAUAAAGCACAUACAGCAAAAGAAA